AUGCCGGGUGCAACCUUUGGGGAGGCGGCGCCGCUGCUUCCCGGCUCGACAUUCUCACAUCGAAAACGUGAGCAGCCAGUGUCUGAGAUGGUGUCAAAGAUCAAGGAAGCCCUCUGGGGCCCGCCGUCGGUUGAGCGAUCGCUGCUUAUCAAGCUUGAUUUCACCGUACUCAUUUACUUUUCCGUCGUGUGGUUCUUGUUCGGCGUCAAUCGCGCGAGCUACAAUACGGCGUAUAUCAGCGGCAUGAAGGAGGACCUGAAUUUCCAAGGGAAGGAUUUCAACUACAUGCAUACCAUCUACUUGGUCACCUACGCCGUAUUUCAAAUUCCCUCAACUUCACUCCUGACCAUCGUAAAACCCCGCUACGUCUUCGUCGCAGCGAACACAGUCUGGAGCGUCCUCACUCUCGUCACAUUCCGAGCGACACACGUCUACCAAGUUUUCGUCCUCAAUGGCUUCGAGGGCGCUUUUUCAGCCAUCGCAUACGUCGGUGCGCACUUUAUCUACGGAUCAUGGUACAAGCAAUCCGAGCUAGCCACCCGUGCAGCAGUCUUCUGCGCCUUUGGCAAUCUCGGCAACAUGGCAGGAGGGUGGAUCCAGGCGGGACUUCUGGCGUCUCUUUCCAAUGGCCCGAUUGAGCCCUGGCGACUUAUUUUCAUAGUGGUUUCGUGCAUCACCAUCCCCUUUGCCGUCUUUGGCUGGUUCGCUAUCCCAGAUCUACCAGAGCAUCGCGCAGCGAGAUUCUUGACCCCGGAAGAGAGGGAUCUCGCCGUCACCCGCCUCGGCAGAACACAGACAAAAGCAUGGGACAAAAGUGUAUUCCAACGUGUCCUACUCAGCUGGCAGUUCUGGCUCCUCCCAACCGUCUUCAUGCUCUACUCCCUCAGCGUCCAAGCAAUAGGCAACAACGUCAUACCCCUUUGGAUGGCAUCCCGGGGCUACUCCGUAAUCCAGCAAAACAACUACCCGACCGCGACCUACGCCACGGGCAUCGUCGCGACCUUCAUUUACUGCGCCGUCUCCGAUAAGCUUCGCUCGCGCUGGCAGGCCUCGCUCUGCAUCGGGUUCACGUUCAUCGUCAGCAGCGCAAUCUUGAUCUCGGACCCGCCGGACGCAGGGUACUUUUUCGCGUUUUAUCUCAUGGGCACGACAUAUGCGCCGCAGGCGCUGUGGUACUCGUGGAUGGCGGACCUGACGGCGCACGAUUUGCAGCUGAGGGCAAUUACGACGGGGUUCAUGAACUCUUUUGAUUUUGCGUUUGUGACUUGGUGGCCUCUGAUCUUUUACCCCGUGACGGAUGCACCGAAUUAUCGGAAAGGUUACAUUGCUAGUCUGGUGACGGGCGCGUUGACUGUGCCGGUGAUUUUGUUAAUUGCCUAUCUUGAGAGGCGAGGGAGAAAACUUGGCAAAGUGGGCAGUGUCCGCGAUGAGCACGCGGGAAGCUCGAGGGAUUAG